AUGAAGUUGACAGUGAUCAUAGUGCUAUUAACUUUUUUUAUCCUCGCUCAAAGUGCUAAAGUGCAGACACGACAAAACAUCGGGGGAUUUAAAAAUGAACCGUUGAAAUUCGGAAAAAGUUUUCGUUCCCGCGGUGAGCUAAUGGAAAAUUUGUUCAUAAUUUUUGAUCCAUCGUUUUUGGCGUACGUUUGGCCGAAAAUUAAAAAUAAUAUUCAUUUAAAUAUUGAACAUUUAUGCUGGGACGACAUGAGCGUUUUCUUGAAAGAUUUGGCUGAGGGUCGAUCCUGGGCGUACAGAGCUGCGGAUGCUUCUGGACGUUACCAGUCUGGAUUAUUCGAAGGACGUAGCUUCUGGCUAGGGUCUAAAGAACAAUGUCUCCUUUUGGAUGCAAGCCGCAAACCAAAGGAAACAAAUGAAACAUGGGGAGAGUUCUAUAGCGGAGAAUAUCUUAACGCGCUCUUGAGGAGAGAGAAAGAGUUCGGGGGAAAUAUCGAGGAGUGGCGCUCGCUGUUACAGCGCGAUGAGCUGAUGCGCCGUGUGGUUGACGCUGAUAACGAAGCUCCAGUCUCCUUAUCAUAUACCACUCUCCAGAUCAUGCUUAACAUUACUAAGUUUACUAUGCCUAAGUCAUAUAAAAUCACACUCGGUCUGUGUCUCCCGCGAUCGUGUGCAGCGGAGGAUGUACUGUCUAUAAUUAAUUUUUCCAUUAUGCUUAAUGAUAAUUUGAAAAGCAAUAGAACCGUCUCCAGAUCAAUCAAAAUUAUCUCCCUGAGACACGUAGAGAGCUCGUACGAUAUCAAAACAGACAUCGGAGCUGUAACACUCAUACUAAUAACCAUAACACUCAUAAUACUGACCAUGAUAGCUACAGUAGUAGACUUAAAAUUAGUUAAAUUGAAAGCCGACAAUAAGGAAACGAGUUUCGAUUUGCAACAAUACAAUUGUGAGAAGAAAAUCGUAGAGGAAAAGAGAGAUAACGUUCUUAAAGCUAAAAGCGCUUUAGAUACGAAAGCAGUGGAGACGCUAUCGAUAAAGAAUUUCAAUGAAUUCAAGAAAGCGAUGAGAGAGAAGGCGAUGCCUCCGUCGGUUACGCUCGACGUAAUGGCCGCGGAAGGAAAAACGAGUUGCAAGAGAUGUGGGAAAUACAAAAAGCAAUGCGUGAAUCCGAUGCAAAUACAUAAUAUCCCCCCUUGCCCGAGAGUCAAGUACAAUUCGUGCACAAGUAUCACGACGGAGUUCAAGAAGAAAGAUAGUCUUUGGAAAAGUUUACUGCUGAGUUUCUCCUUGAAACAUAGCUGGAUGAGGAUUUUUAAUACGACGAUGGCGAACAAAGACCUAGCUACGGUUCACGCUUUGAAGAUAUUUGCAGUUUUGUGGAUCAUUUUUGUGCACGUUUCCGUCACAGUUAACACUAUUGCCGAAAACGGCGGGGAUGUCAGUGACCAUAAUAAUGUUUAUUAUAUAUUAUCGACUGGAACUCUUGCGUUCGAUACAUUGUUUUUUGUGAGCGGCCUAUUCAGCGCCCAGCACUUCUUUUACUUGAAGAGUCGCUACUCCGCUAAAGAAUUGGUUAACUUGAGCGGUCUUUGUGGCCAGACACUACAGCUUCUAUGCUUCAUUACCAAUAGAGCUCUGAGGUUGCUACCUCCAUACCUGUAUACAAUAUUCCUGACGUCAGUCCUCGCGCGAGUGUCGCGCGAUACCGCCGUGCUGUCGCUGCCUGAACGCGACUACGUCAAUUGUGACAGUUACUGGUGGAGAAAUCUUCUGUACUUGACUACUUUGUAUCCUCGAGAGGAACAGUGCAUGCAGAUAUCCUGGUACUUGUCAGCAGAGACACAAUUACAUAUGUUUGGUGCUCUGCUGUGCUUGUUAGUAGCGAACAAAAAGCGGAAGAUCACGGCGGCGUUGGCGAUAUCGUUACUGUUUGGUACGACAGCGUAUGAUGUCAUUACUGCUUAUUCGGAUUUUGGACAACGGGUUCCCAACGCAUUCGCACUAUACUCGAUUAUAAUAAACCGUCCGUGGGCUCGCGCGGUGCCGUACGUGUCGGGCGCGGCGGCCGGCGCGCUGCUGCACGCUGCGGCUGGAGACUGCGGCGUUUCCACGAUAACCUCGUAUUGUUUCUGGGCGGCGACAGUGAUCACAUUGACGGCCUCUUUAACUCUACCACUAGUGGAUACCACCUGGAUUUCCGCCUGGAUACAUCUCACCUGGCCGGUUGCUCUAUUAUGGCCUACAUUCGUCUGCGCUACUAAAUAUUCUGCGCGAACACGGCGCCUGCUGGCCAGCGGCGCGGCGGGCGCCAGCCGGCUGUGCUACGGCGCGCUGCUGCUGCACGGCGCGCUGCUGCGGCCGCUGCUGCUGGCCGCCGACACCGCGCUGUGCUCGCACUUCGCCUGCCUGCUUUGUUACUUCGCGGGAUCAACAAUAGUAACAUUAGUCAGCGCCCUCUGUCUCUCACUGCUGGUAGAAAUGCCUGGCUGCUGUCUCCUUAGAAGACUGUCAGACUAUACGUACCGAUAAAAUUUACUUGAAUUCGUUAUGUUAUAUCAUGUUAUGUUACAUUACAAUAUGUUAAGUUCAUUGUAAUAUAAUUUAUUUUGCUGUUUUUUUUUAGUUACUUUAUAUUUGCUAACAAUAAUACUUUGUAAAUUGUAUAUAACGCUUUAACUUAUUGUGUAGGUUAUAUUAUUUAUACAUAAGAAAUGUUUAUUGUAUUUUUUCUGACUGUGAUGAAAUAAAGUUUUAAAUAUUUU